CGUAACUCCGGAGCGAACGAGCUAGAGGAAGGGAAAAUGGCGGACCUCGAAGACGUAACGCUGGACGGGAGGCCGCUCCAUUCUUUAAGGGUAGCCGAUUUAAAAGCUGCGCUAGAGGAGAGAGGUCUUCCUAAAAGUGGACAGAAAAAUGCUCUUGUCAAGAGACUCAAAGGGGCCCUCAUGCUGGAGAACCUCCAGAGAACCUCCACUCCUCACAUUGGACUUCAGCCAAACUCUCAGAUUGGGGAGGAGAUGAGCCAGAACAGCUUCAUAAAGCAAUAUCUGGCUAAGCAACAGGAGCUCUUGCGACAGCGUCUGGAGAGGGAGGCCCGAGAGGCUGCGGAAACUGACGAACAAGAGAAUCUUACAGAAGUCAACAACAGUUCCCCCUGUCCUGCAGACCAGGAUGUCGCACCUGUGUUGGGUGACCAGCCGAAGCCACUAGGCCCCCCUGAGGGAGAGGCACCAGCAGGCCCAGCAAGCAUGGGAGAUGGGUACAGAGCCAGAGAAGGUCACAUGUCUGGAGGACCACUCGCUCCUUCCUCACCUACCUCUGCCCCCGGUGCUGUCGCCUCAUUGCGUGUUGCUGGUGGCGAGCAGCGACCAGAGAGGGUUCCCACUUCCAGCCAAGUCCCAGACGAUAGCGAUGACGAUGACAGUGACGGAGGGGACGAGGACGGUGAGGACGAGGACUGGGACGCCAAUGCCAGGAGGAGGAGGAGUCUGGGAGAGCCGGCAAGAGGCCAGCCUGCGAGAGAGAGGUCUGGAGGAUCCCACCAGCCCCCACCUCACAUUCCUCAACUGUUGUCCCAACAGCUUCGCCAGCCAACCCCUCCGCCCUCCCCUCCCCCAGAAUUAUCAUUCCCUCUGCCUGAUACUCCCAAACAAAGCCCCCCGAGCCCAGGCGAGCCCCCAGCCAGGCAGCGUACUUCCAGUACCUCCAGCUCUGGCUCCUCAAGCAGUGGCAGCCGUAGCAGCAGCCCAGAGCCCCAGAGCGGCCACGUGGAUCGCAAGCCUGGUCCGCUGACCUUGCUCGCACGCAAAAUGGAGUCGGAAGGUGCUUUCUCUGGAGCUGGGUGGCACGGACGUGUGGAUGGAGAGAGGCAGGACAGCAGUGCUGCAAAUGCAACGGUGUUUCCUGGCAGAGGUCCUCAAGAGGGCACAGUGUCGGCCAUCACCCAUACUGCCAAUCCUGCAGCAGGCCUGCCCUACUGUAGUAUGAUCCCAGGAAAGAACCAGGGAGUCCUGGGAGUCCAUGUCACCCAUGGUCAAGUCCCUGUGAGUGUUCUAAGGGCCACUGGCAUGGAAGAGAGAGACAUGGAUAGGGAGCAGCAGAUUGAGAGAGAAAGAGAGAUGGCGCUUGAGCAAGAAAGACUUCAAGCCCUGGAGUUGGAAAGACGAGAGAGGCAAAGAUUAUUUGAGCAAGAGCGUGCCAUGGAACAGGAGAGACAGAAAGUUUUGGAGAAAGAGAGGGAGGAGAAAGAGAGAGCUUUGGAGCGAGAGCGAGUCGAAAGAGAGAGGCAGGAGCAGGAGAGAGCGUUGCAGCGAGAAAGGGAAGAGCGAGAGAGGGCAUUAGCAAAGGAACGGGAAGAGCGAGAGAAAGCGCUUGCGAGAGAAAGGGCUCUACAGCUGGAGAGAGAGAAGGAGUUGGAAAGGCAGAGAGUCUUGGAGCAAGAGCGUGCUAUACAGCAAGAAAGAGAGGAGCGAGAAAGAGCUUUGCAAAGAGAGAAGGAGGAAAGGGAGAGAGAACUGCAGUUGGAGAGGGCCAGAGCUUUGGAGCGGGAACGAGAGGAGUUGGCAAGAGCUCUAGAGCAAGAAAGGAUGGAGAAGGAGAGAGCCUUGGAAAGAGAGAGGAUGGAGAGGGAGAAGGUGUUGGCCCGUGAGAGGGAGGAAAGAAUGAGAGAGGAGAGAGAAAGGGUUUUGAUGCAAGAGAGAAUGGAGAGAGAGAGGGCUCUGGAGCAAGAAAGGAUGGAAAAGGAGAGGGCAUUGGAGCAAGAACGCUUGGACCGAGAGAAGGUUUUAGAGCAAGAGAGGCUGGAGAAGGAGAGGGCUCAGGAGAGAGAGAGGCUGGAGAGGCUGGAGAAAGAGAGGGCUCAGGAGAGGGAGAGGCUGGAGAAGGAGAGGGCUCAGGAGAGAGAGAGGCUCGAGAGGCUGGAGAAGGAGAGGGCUCAGGAGAGAGAGAGGCUGGAGAAGGAGAGGGCUCAGGAGAGAGAGAGGCUGGAGAAGGAGAGGGCUCAAGAGCGAGAGAGGCUGGAGAAGGAAAAGGCUCUUGAGAGAGAGAGGCUGGAGAAGGAAAAGGCUCUUGAGAGAGAGAGGCUGGAGAAGGAGAGGGCUCAAGAGCGAGAGAGGCUGGAGAAGGAGAGGGCUCUUGAAAGAGAGAGGGAGAUGGAGAAAGAAAAGGACAGGGAAAGAGCUCUGAAACGUGAACGCCAGGAGAUGGAGAGGGCUCUGGAGCAGGAGAAAACCCUGCAGAGAGAAAAGGAGGAGACGGAGAGAGCUGUAGAACAAGAGAAAGAAAGGCUUAAAAUGGCAGAGAGAGAGAGGGAGAGUCAUCUUCCUCCAUGGAAGCGAGGUCGUGAGCUUGGUCUCACCCCCCUGCCCACUCCUCCCCCCCUCUCCACAGGAGCAGGUAGAAUGGCGGCAACAACAGAGGGAAGAGAACAGGAGGGUGGGGAGCCUGAGGCCACACGGAGGGACAACCAGCCCGCAGCCUCUGGUACACCCCUGUCACCAAGUCUUAAGACACCUCUGUCCCCCCAGUCCUCAUCCAAGAAGUCCCGUUUCUUGAGAGACGCCCCGCUUCUUCCCCAUUCUUCCUCUGCAGUCAUCAAAAGGCCUCGUACCUUCUCUGACGGCCCACACCCUCAGGCCUCUCCCUUCAGCUCCCCGUUUGAACUUGGGGAGCAAAAAGAGGAAGGGCCUCAGUCUACUUCUGAGAAGGCAGUGCUCCAGAUGCCUUCCAGACAGGGCGUUCUUGUGUCAGCGCCCCCUGUAGCCCAUGGGUCUGGGGUUAUUGCCUCGCUGUGCAGUCAUUCUCAAGGAGACAAUGCUAGAACCCUGACAUCAGAGGGGAAUGUCCAAAUGGACAAAGGGGAGACAGAGAAACGUGCACUUGAAGAGUUGGCUAAAAAAGGAAAAGGUGUGGAUGCCGGAAAGAUCCCUUCAAGUCCAGUGGGGGCCAAGCUGCCCCUGUCAUCCCCGCCAGAGGCACGUGAGGCAGAACGAAGAAGGGGCAGAGACGAGAAGAGGGAAGAGAAACGAGGCACGCGUGCUUCCUCAUCCAGUGACUCCUCGUCCUCAGACUCUGAUUCGGGGUCGUCCUCUUCUCAUUCAUCUGGGUCAUCCUCGUCCUCACAGGAAAAAGCCAACGCCACUGCCAGUGGUAGAAGGCCUGAGAAACGUCAAAGAAACAGCUCAGCCCAGGAUAAGAAACCUGCCCGGCAUGAGAAUUCAAUAGAGACUCCAAAAGUCCCUCUUUGCAAGAGGGGGGUGUCUGAGAAGGAGAAAAAGGACAUGUCCACCGAUGGAGACAAACACAGCAAGAAGCCAUUCCAUGGAAAACCGACUGGACAAGAUGACCAGCAGAGGAGAGAGACCAGUGAUGGCGUGGAAGACAGAGGAGAGACAGCCAGGGAAAUGAAGCAGGGUGCCAUGGCAGAGUCUGAGAAGGCCCCAGAGGCCAGUGAGGAGAGCCUGACACCCAAGGCUUUCACCGCCCGCAAGAUCUCCCUCAGCAGCAGCAAGGCCUCCCCAGGCACCGGGAACACAGAGGGAGAGGUGGAGUCUGGAGGUGCAGCAGGGAGGAAGAGGAGGUGGGGCUCCAGCACGGCCGUCACCGCCAAGAAACCCUCCAUCAGCAUCACUACAGACUCCCUGAAGUCUCUGAUCCCAGACAUCAGGCCAUGUCCAGGCCAGGAGGCGGUGGUGGAUCUGCACCCAGAGGAGGCUCACCUCUCUGGGGGAGAGGAGGACAACAGGGAGCUCCCUGACCAGGAGCUCAAGAUCAGACGCACCGUUACACAGGUGGUUCCCUCGGAGAGUCAGGAGAAUGGCCAAAAGGAGGCUAAGAGGAGCAGGUGUGAGGACGAGGAGAGGGAGGACGGAGGGGAGCUGAAAGCCGAGCGUGAGAGAGGGAGGAGCCACGAGGAGAAGAUGAACAGUUUGUUCCCGGCCGCCAUGGAGACACAGUCCCCAUCUCCUCCCAGUCAUGACAUGGACAUCGACACAGUCACCCCCGGAGACACGCUGAUCCGUCGCUCCAUCAGCCAGCAGAAGUCUGGCGUGUCCAUCACCAUCGACGACCCUGUCCGCACAGCCAGGCAGCCCUCUCCCCCACGGGGCAAAGUCUCCAACAUCGUCCACGUGUCUAAUCUGGUGCGGCCGUUCACCCUGGGCCAGCUGAAGGAGCUGCUGGGCCGGACGGGCUCUGUGCUGGAGGAGGGCUUCUGGAUCGACAAGAUCAAGUCCCACUGCUACGUCACCUACCCCAGCCCAGAGGAGGCGGUGGCCACAAGAGCAGCCCUCCAUGGGGUGAAAUGGCCUCAGAGCAACCCCAAGUUCCUCAAUGUGGACUUCAGCCAGAAAGAGGAGCUGGACUUCCACAGAGGCCUGUCCACAGACGAGAAGGCGGGCGAUGAGGCGGCGGCCGGGCCCGGUCGAGGCCGGCCAGCCGGGCCAGCCCCCCUCCUGCCAGAGCGAGACCAGUGGGCGGAGCGCGAGCGUGAGGUGGAGCGCAGGGAGAGGGCCAGGGCCGAGCGGGAAUGGGACAGGGACAAGGUCCGGGACUUUGGCAAGCCAGGAGAGGAGCGUGAGGGAGGCCCCAGGAGGUCCCGGUCCAGGGAGAGGAGGCGUAAGGAAAGGGGCAAGAGCAAGGAGAAGAAGACUGACAAGAAGGAGAAAGCUGCAGAAGAGCCCCCAGCCAAAAUGCUGGAUGACCUCUUUUGCAAAACCAAAGCAGCACCUUGUAUAUACUGGCUCCCCCUUACAGACGAGCAGUUUGCCCAGAGGGAGGCAGCCAGAGCCGAGCGAGUAAAGGAGCGAGAGAGGAAGAGGAAAGAGAUGCAGGACGAAGAGGACAAGAAAAGGGAGGAGGAGCGUAAAGAGAGAAUGAAGGCCGGCGGUGGCACGGGCGGGGACAGAGGGGAGGGAGAGAGGGGCGACCGAGACCGGGACAGAGAGCGGGACAGAGGUAGGGACCGGGACAGGGAGGGGGACAAGCGUAGGGAAGCGGGCUACCGCAGGCCAGGGGGCAGCAGUGCAGGGGGGGGGCGGCGCUCUCGCAGUCGCAGUGACCCCCCUCCGCGAGAUAGGCGGCGCUAAGAAAAAGCAGCCAGUGUGUGGAACUGUCUUAACCCCUUCCUCAUCACUGUUCCUUUGUCACUUCCUCUACUUUGUUACAAGUAAGAUGCCACCCCCCACCCCCUUCCCCCACCCCCCUCAGAGGACCAACUGAUGUAGUCUCCGUCUCCUGAACAGUCACUUUUUUUAAAGCACAUAUGCAUACACACACACACACACA